AUGCUGUCCAGAUUCGCAGUCGCGCUGCUUGCAGCACACGCCGCUGCCAUCGCUGGCAACGAUCACCUUGUCUAUGAAGCAGAAGGAAAGCCUGGCGUACAGGCUCGCCAGACGACAGAUGGCCGAUUUACCUUCUACCAAAUGAAGACCGCUCUAUCUGGUCCGUGUGACAUGGCUUACAACCCCGUCGACCGCCUUCUUUACGGCGAACAGCAGUUCAUCAAUCAACUGUUCAGUAUCAAUCCCGCCAACGGCGCAGUGACGGAAUACGAGAUCCCAUUUACCACGGGAGCAAGCAAUACCACAAUUCCAAUCACGGUUCCUAAACCUGUCGGUGACCGCACAGCAUUCUCGUGUGCCAUCCGUGAAGGAGCCGACGGAAAUAUCUACGCCAGCAACGGCGUCCGCAACCAACUCGUUCAACUUCGUACGCGUGACAAGCGAAUCCGUAUCUUCCACAACCCUCCAAACGUACUAGGCAACCUCUUCCCAUUCAACGACAUCUACACCGAUGCCCAAGGCAUGUGGGUCACACAAACCACAGGCAACGUGCUCCAAUACUUUGACUAUAGCCAGCAGCGCUUCACUCAACAGUACACGAUCCCAACACCACUUUCCCUUCCGUUAGGAGUCUUCGUCGCCUCUGACGGCCUCGUCUACGGUUGCGAAGUCAUCGGAAACAAAAUCUUUACGUUCAACAAGAGAACCAAACAGUUCCGAGAAUACCCCCUUCCCGUUCCUCUCAUGACACCUUCCGUCGUUCGAGCAGAGAAGAACGGCUGGGUGUAUUUUACUCUCCUCACGGGGAACGGCAUGGGCCGCAUCAACAUGCGCUCCCACAAAAUCGAACUCUACCGCACAAACCAGGACCCCGCCUUCGGCUCCGUCAACACAGGCCCAGCCUCCGACGGCCGCGUCUGGAUGUCUUACUUCGCCUCAAACAAUCGCCUCGCGGGUUUCGACGACAAGACUCUGACGUACACUUACGUAGACUUCCCCGGUGGCUUCCAACAGUUCCAAAUUCCAGGUCUCGUAGGCUCGAUCCCGCCUUAA